AUGAAGUUACAAGUUGGCAAGUUGAUUAAGAUUACCGGAGAACAUGGCAUCAGGAAUAUGGGGGUUCCUAGACAAGCAAAGCAAGAAGGGAUGUUCUUUUCUGGAGAGCCGACUCGUAUGGUUGCCAAAAGCCUUCUAGAGGAUCUGGACAAUCUAAAGAAGUCGCCUUCUGGGAUCAAGCGAUACACAACACUAUGA